AUGGCCCCCAAAUUACUGCCACAAGCUUGCUUCGAACCCCACAAGUACUUCCUGGGCACUGUCAACCACCGUACCAAUCAGUGCAUUGCCCCGGCGAACCAUGGCCGCCAAUGUUCCCAGAUUAUAAGCAAAGAAGAUGCUGCCCAAGUCACAGAGCUGACCAUGGAGGCCAUUGCCAGCACAGAUGCCAGCACAGAUCGUAUGCAGAGGUUGCAGCUUCUCCAGAGACUUGCCCUUCUCCGCUGUUGUAGUCGCUGGCAUCGACAAAAGCUCGACGAAAAUCGCCAGAUCCUGCAAGAAGUUGUUGCGAGAUACGAACAAGUCAUCGAAGACAGUCCAUGCGAAGUACCUCUGGAAUCCUCCCCUGGGAAUCCCACACGGGCACCCAGAACACCCUCAUCAGUCCGAGGUCACGGCUACGCACUCCGACCGAGGAAAGUCGAUUUGAACUCGGACGCAAACAAGACAGAUGAUAUCGAACGGCCGGCCGACCUGCUAGUUCCAUACUCCUCCUGCCGCUUUGGUGACGUGGAAAGUCUCCUGGUGAAAAGCAUCUCCGACCCCUAUGACGGCUACGGCUUCGUGUACGCCUUCGUCUGGCCCAAUGCUCCUGGCUUUGUCAAGCUAGGGUCGUGCAAAUCUUCGGUGAAUGGCCGACUCGCUCGAUGGCGGAAAUGCCAUCCUAAUGCGAAGUUAGCGCACUGCAUUGCCGUGCCAUAUCGUAAACGCGCUGAACAGCUGAUGCAUCGGCAGAUGAGCCGACAGAGACACCGCAUGGUAUCAUGUGGACGAUGUGCUAGCACGCAUCUGGAAUGGUUCAAAAUGCCCACGGAUGAAGUCAAAACUAUCAUGAACUCUUGGAAGGAGCUGCUGGAUACAUGGUCGCUCUACCAUGAGAACGGUACAGUCGCGCCGGUGUGGCAUCAAAGGCUUGGUCGUACAAGGCGCAGUAUUACUGCGAGACGACUUCUGGGGAUCUGUAAUGCCGAGUCGAAGGCAUGUCACAAGGAGGAGCCAAGACAGUGCGUCCCCAAGCAACGGAAUAUGUGCACGGUGGCUACAGAGGGGAUCACUCCGAUGGCUUCACCUCCCGAAGAAUCGACCGUGGUCCGCAUGUUGCUAGUGUGGGCUGAGGACUGGGACCUGAUUACCAUCUAUCUGGGGGAUUUUUGGUGCACGGUAUAA